AUGAAGUCUUGGGCCGCCGCCGUGGCGCUCAUGGUGGGCAUUCUCAGCCCUCAUGCUGCCGCCGCACCUCCUGCAAACCCGGUCCAGAGAGACAUGCUCCAGGUCCUUGAGGCGAGACAGUCUGGCCCGACUUGCAACACCCCGUCCAAUCGUGCGUGCUGGACCAAUGGUUUCGACAUCAACACCGACUAUGAAGUUAGCACUCCUAAUACCGGGCGGACUGUGGCCUACCAACUUACCCUCACUGAGAAAGAGAACUGGAUUGGUCCCGAUGGCGUUCUCAAGAAUGUGGUGAUGCUGGUCAAUGACAAGAUUAUAGGGCCAACCAUCCGCGCCAACUGGGGUGACAAUAUCGAAGUCACUGUCAUCAACAAUCUCAAAACUAAUGGUACCUCGAUGCACUGGCAUGGCCUUCGUCAGCUGGGUAACGUUUUCAACGACGGUGCCAACGGCGUGACUGAGUGCCCAAUCCCGCCCAAGGGAGGGCGCAAGACGUACAAGUUCCGUGCUACACAGUAUGGCACCAGCUGGUAUCACUCCCACUUCUCGGCCCAGUACGGCAACGGCGUUGUCGGCACCAUCCAGAUCGACGGCCCUGCCUCUCUACCAUAUGACAUUGACCUAGGCGUGUUCCCUCUCAUGGACUACUACUACAGGUCGGCCGAUGAGCUGGUUCACUUUACCCAGAGCAACGGCGCCCCGCCAAGCGACAACGUCCUCUUCAAUGGCACCGCCCGUCACCCUGAGACGGGGGCCGGCCAGUGGUACAACGUCACGCUGACUCCCGGCAAGCGACACCGCCUGCGCAUCAUCAACACGUCGACCGACAACCACUUUCAGGUGUCGCUUGUCGGCCACAAUAUGACCGUCAUUGCCACCGACAUGGUACCUGUCAACGCCUUCACUGUCAGCAGCCUGUUCCUCGCCGUAGGCCAGCGAUACGAUGUCACCAUCGACGCCAACAGCCCGGUGGGCAACUACUGGUUCAACGUGACGUUCGGCGAUGGGUUGUGCGGCUCCAGUAACAACAGAUUCCCAGCCGCCAUCUUCCGCUACCAGGGCGCCCCCGCUACGCUCCCGACGGAUCAGGGUCUACCCGUGCCCAAUCACAUGUGUCUGGACAACCUGAACCUAACUCCUGUGGUGACACGGAGCGCGCCCGUCAACAACUUUGUCAAGCGUCCGUCCAACACACUGGGCGUCACUCUCGAUAUCGGCGGCACGCCGCUCUUUGUGUGGAAGGUCAACGGCAGCGCCAUCAACGUCGACUGGGGCAAGCCGAUCCUCGACUAUGUCAUGAGCGGCAACACGAGCUACCCGGUCAGCGAUAACAUUGUGCAGGUUGACGCUGUUGACCAGUGGACUUACUGGCUGAUCGAGAACGACCCGACCAAUCCCAUUGUCAGCUUGCCGCACCCGAUGCAUCUGCACGGCCACGACUUCCUCGUCCUGGGCCGAUCACCCGACGAGCUCCCCAGCGCGGGGGUCCGUCACAUCUUUGACCCGGCCAAGGACCUGCCGCGGCUCAAGGGCAACAACCCCGUGCGGCGGGACGUGACGAUGCUUCCGGCGGGCGGCUGGCUGCUGCUGGCAUUCAAGACGGACAACCCGGGCGCGUGGCUGUUCCACUGCCACAUCGCGUGGCACGUGUCGGGCGGCCUGUCGGUCGACUUUUUGGAGCGGCCCAACGACCUGCGCACGCAGCUCAACAGCAACGCGAAGCGCGCCGACCGCGACGACUUUAACCGUGUCUGCCGCGAGUGGAACGCCUACUGGCCUACCAACCCGUUCCCCAAGAUCGACUCGGGCUUGAGGCACCGGUUUGUUGAGGAGAGCGAGUGGAUGGUUCGCUAA